CGCCUGCCGUCAUCUGUUGUUCUGUUGUUGCAGAGGCUGGGGAUAUCGCGCGUUGAGUUUGCCCUCUUGCUCAACAGCCAAGCUGCACCCUCCUCUCCUUUGUUUGGUGUGUGUUUUUGUUUGUGUUUGUGUGCGAGGCGUGCAUCCUUCGUUGCGGAUCUCAAAGUCACCGCGGUGCACUUGUGUGUUGCUCAUCACCAUCAUCCUAUCGUCCCCCCGCCCUCAUCUCUCAGGACAACGGAGGGACAGGGAAAGGGAAGAAGUUGGUGGUGUAUUUCUUUGCCUGCAGGCAAAAUCCAAGCAACAAGCAGGAAGCCAGAUCUCACACCACACUCAAAACAACGACCUUGUGUUGUUGUUGUGAGUGAGCUUGUGUCCAACCCACAACACACACACACACACACGCCCUGCCCGCAGGCAUGGCGACUCAGCGGGGCGAUCCAUCGUCCGAGAACCUGACUGGCACGUCCAUGCCGUCCACAGGCACUCCGUCCCCAGGAAACAACGACGAAGGUGCACGCACCAAGAGUGCUGCCACCACCACCACCACUACGACUACAACGACCACUACGACUGCAACAACAAGCGCAGCAAGUGCAGCAGUGUCAGGCCUGCGCAAUGAAGUCAACUUCAUGCCGCACAUGCCGAGCUCCACCAUGGCCGGAGAUGCUUCCCAACUCCAUUUUGCGACCACCCCAAGCGCAUUUUCGCCCUACCACUCCACGCGCGCAUCCCCUCGCCACCCAUCCCUUCUGCAACAACAAUUCCAACCACAACCACAACACCAGCACCAGCGCCAACAACAACAACACCACCCCCACAUCCAUCAUCAGCCACAACAGCCACAACAACAACACCAACUGCAACAACAAGAGCAACAGCACCAGCGCCAGCCUCCCUUGCACCGAUACCAUCUGUACGAGUCGCAUCGCAGGCAGCAAGAGUACGAGCAUCAGCACCACCACCACUACCAGAGUGGUGCGGAUCACCUCGGCCUGCACUCUCUCGGGCAGGAGAGCAAGACGAAUCCCCUCUACGACAGCACGGAGGCACUCAACACAGGCAUGCCAGAGACCUUCAAUCUCCCCGGAAGCACGGGCGUCACCAACGCGCCAAACUCCCUCACCGCAUCCACAGAGGCGCUGAUGCUUGCAGGCGCCGUCAUGACGGACCCGACCCUGGGUGGCAACGCCAACCCAUCGUCCCUCGAAGACGAUGUAGCCGCCUCGUUCCCUGCCCUCGCCGUGCACCAGCAGCAGCACCAGCAGAACCAGCAACACCGCCUCGGCCGGCACUCGGGGCACGGUCACACUGCUCUUGGUGACGACGGUGGAGAGGAUGACGGCGGGCAGGGAGGGUUCCAGCACCUGCCGACGUCAACCAUGUCGCUGACACUCGCUGGCGAGCAUGACAUGGACGGCACGGAGGAGCCUGCGCCCCCGCUGCAGCCUUUCUUCCCGCAGCUCGGCACCUCGCUCCCGUUUGACACGCGGCUGCAACACCACCAGCACCAGCAGCCGCCCCUCUCCCAGCAGCAGCCCAAGCCGUUGACGCACGCGUAUGUCCCGAGUGCGCCGCAGAGGCAGCACCAGCAGCACCCCGCAUCGUCCCACUCGACCAUCGCCCCGGGCGCCUUCUAUCAGGCAGCCUUCAACACCAGCGCAGCCUCUGGGCAGCAGAUGCCGCCGCCGCCACCACCACCAACACCGCCACACCCGCGAAAUGGCAUUCCAGAUCAAUCGGGCAUGGCGCACAUGGGCUUUCCUCAGCCUGCAUCUUCCCUGCACCUCCAGCCCUUUGACACCACCGCACGCGAUACGGGAAAGCGGCGGCAUGUUGCUGCAGCUGCGCGCGUGUCGUCUUCGUCAAAGUCAUCUUCGUCAUCGGGGUCGGCGUCUGCGUCUGCCACCUCCCCGCCCGGCACCAACAGCGCAAACAGCAACGGCGACAGCAACAACGACGACGAUGAUGAGGACGGCAGCAACAGUGGGCUGGACACGCACAAGCGCGCACGCAUCACAUCUGCCUCACGCAGCUCUGCGAAGGGCGGGCGGGGCAGCACGGGCAAAGGCAAGGGCAAGAAGCGCGGGGGACGCAGUGGUCGCAAGAAAAAAGGGUCAACCACAGACACCCAGGACCUGCUUGAGAUGACGGGGGAGGUACCGUCUGAUGUGCCCAUGCUCGUCUUCAAGACCAGCGACGACACAGAGCGCUGUCCCGUAUUUGACGCUGCAGGCAGGCACAUCCCCCUCACCGUCAACGUUCGCGCGGACAAGGGCUUCUCGUACUCCCCGAUGGACGAGGCGUUUGUGUGUCAGAAGAAGAACCACUUUCAGCUGUCUGUGCUGGUGGCGUGCGACCGCGAGCCAAAGACGGUCAAGAUUGACGACACGUUGCACGACGUUACUCAACUCUCCAUCUCCGUCACAGGCCUCAAGUUGGAGGCCCACGAGCAACUUGUUGCGAUUGAGCAGAGCAAGACAGACCGCACCAAGACCUCGUUCGAGCCCUUGGUUGUAUCGGCUGCAGAGUUGCUGGGGCGCCGCGUGCACAGGCUUGCCCGCCUCCACUUCACCUCCACAACCGCCAACAACAUGCGCAAGCGCGGGAAACCAAACCCGGACCAGCGCUACUUCAAGCUUGCCGUCAUGCUGCGUGCACACACGUCGUCUGGGCAGUGCGUGGUUGUGCAGGGCGCGCAGUGCCAGCGCAUCAUCGUGCGCGCGUCAAACCCCGGCCAAUAUAGCAGCGAGGUGGACACGCAGUGGAGCCGUGGCAAGGCCCAGUCGGCAGUUGUGCACCACGGCCAGGUGGGCAUCAACGUCGAUGACCCGCAGGAAGCGCUCUCCGUCGCCGGCAACAUCAGGGUGACUGGACAUCUGCUGCAGACGUCGGACAAGAGGGUGAAGGAGAACAUCCACGCUGCAAGCACGAAGCGGCACCUCGACAACGUCAACCGCAUGACCCUGUACGAGUACGACUUGAAGGAGGAAUGGGCCCGCAAGGCCGGGCGCAGCAGCGACGACCGACACGAGAUGGGCGUGGUUGCGCAAGAGCUGCAGCAAGUCCUCCCUGACGCAGUGCAGUCCUGCGGAGACGUUGCCCUUGACGACGGCACGGAGAUUGACGACCUGCUGGUGGUGAACAAGGACCGCGUGUUCAUGGAGAGCGUAGGCGCCGUGCAGGAGCUGUCAAAGAUGACACAACACCUCGAGCUGCGCAUCAAGGAGUUGGAGGAGCUCAACCAGCGCAUUCGCCAGCGAACCAUCAGCCGCCGCCGCCGCCAUCGCCGCCACCAGAGCCACGAGAGCACCCACAGCGGUGUUGAUGACGAGGUGUAUCAUGGGUUCGGGUAUGCAUACGAUAGCAUGGAGGGGAAUGGCGGGAACAGCCGUCGUGGCAGCACCAACACCAGCACUGGCACAGGCCCUCCGCCCACGAAAGCGCUGUGGGGAGAGCCAAGUCCUCCACCAUACGAACAGGCGACACUGAGUGACGGGGCUGUCGUGUAUCGCAAGCGGUUUCCGUAUCUGCAGAUGUUUGCGUGGCUGACGCUGUGUGUGCUGCUUGCCUCUGUCUUGGCUGUUGGCGUCGCUGUUCUGAUUCGUUCGAACGACAACAGCGACGAUGGCAGCAGUAACAGUGGCAGCCACGGUGUCAACGCAACAUCAUCCACCAGCACGACCGUUUCACUGGGCAUGGGCGUGGCUGAUGGCGUCGGUGCUCUCUCCACAACAACAACAACAACAGCAGCAGCAACAGGGUUGAGCGAUGCGAGCACGACAGCGGCAGUGGCAGCAACGACGAUCGUUACUGCUUCGCUUUCCACCUUUCUGUCGUCUGUCUCGCAGGCCCUUACCACCGCUGCGUCAACCACCACCAGCACGACGACGUGCAUUGGCGGCUGUGGCGACCACGAGACGUGCAUUGAUGGGGAGUGCGUGUGUGCGUUUGGCGUGAAUGAGUUCAAUGAGUGCUACACCAGCAACUACGACUGGUGCAGCGACUACUGCUUCCAAGGCCGUGCCAACUGCACCCUCAGCACCGCCCCCUCCACCUGCGCCUGCCAGCCUGGCUGGGACGGACACCUGUGCGCCCUUCCCACGUCAAGCAACGCGUAUCUGGCCAACGUGGAGGCCCUCGCCAUCCCUGCUGACUCAUUCUCCAUCGUCCCGGCAACGCCCUGGCGCUUCGACGUGCCGACAUAUGCGCUCAUUGUGGAUGCUCCGUCCGCACUCGACACACAAGCCGUUGACGCCGUUAUCCUCGCCCGCCCCUUCUGGCCAGAUGCAACCCUCACCCUCGUCGAGGAGUGGACGGCUGGCUGCGAGGGUGUCAUGCAGACCCACUCCUCUGAUGCCGUCGUGCUCUCACAGGAGUCGUUUGUUCGUUCCAUCGAGCCAACCUCCCAGGCUGCCUUCCGAUUCACAGUCCAGAGUGAGGAGGGUGGCAUGGAACACACUUACACGGUCCUUCUUCGGCGAGGCUGUGACGCCCUGACCCCAAGCUGAACCUGCGCCUCACACGUACAACAAUGACGGUUGCACGCACAAACAUUGCCACAGCGCGCACUACCCCGUCACCCUUCGUUUCAUUUCGCUUCCCUCCUUUGCCUUGCCUGAUUUUUGCCCGCUUGUUACAUUCGCCCGUUCCCCGCACUGGUUUCUGCGCCACUUCAGCUCGUUCUACCCCUUAGGUUGUGCCUUAUUCUCUCCCCUCCGUUGUUGCAACGCAGCCCGGUCCCCACAUCAUUGACAACUCUCUCUUGCUUAGGUGUGCUUUAUCUUCAUCUUCCAUUCUUCCGUUCGUCGUUGACCGAGCUCGCCCCGUUACCAUUGAACAGUUGCG